ACUCCACGAUCCAGUGGCUUGGCACCCGUUCGAUGAGAAGUCUCAUUGUCACCAGUACUUAAGAGGAACCAGUCCAGAUAUUAUGGCACCGAGUAGACGCGUCGACGCAGGACUCUUAACUUACCCAGCUGCUACACAAAUUGUCCCGGCGUCAUGGUUGAUGCAACCUGCAAUGAGUCCUCAGGGACAGUGUUGAUGGCGCUGCUGGACGGCUCAUUAAACUUUUAAGAGAUCCUCGACUUACUCGAAUACACGAUGCUUGACCUUGGCGACGCAGGACCUCAAGCACAUUGUGGAUCAUUGAAUGGGCCGGCCGUGUCGACAUGGCCAGUAAGGAUCUAUCCGGAAACGAAAAGCAGGCAAACCAACAUCCUGGGUAUGCAUGGUGGAUGGAGGACUCUUCGCGCAGAUGCUGAUCUGAGUGGUUGUCCCGAUCAUUACUCUGGCCGAAGGGCAAGUCGUAUAAUACCGUCGAUACAGAUUCAGUUGGAUGCGUGCGAUGGCAACGAGCGGCCUGUGCAGCGAGACAUGUUAGGAAUCGUGAAUUGGACUGGUGGCCGGACUGAUAGGGUCAACAGCCACUGGGCACUUACGACCAGCAUGGCCCAUGCCAGUUCGCAGCAGUUUCGUGUUAUGAAAGUUGUAAGACUUCAAGAACCAGUGGCGCCUUCAGCCAUUGGCGAAUGGUUUUUCCGGGUGGUCCGACGGAAUGAGGCGGUCCUUAGUCUGAACAACACGGCCAGUAGCGUAGACAUACGGCUUGGAUUCGACUUGUUCUGCUCAUCAUCAAAAGAUCGCUGAAUGGGAUAUGCGAGGUCCCGGCGAGGAAUAUGCGUCGUUGUGUGUCUGCCCCUGCACUCGAAACGAAGCCGACCAAUCAACACGAAGCGAACGAGAUAAGUUGGAAGGUGCAAGUAUGCCACUCAGGCAAGCCCGUGAAGGGCAUUCUGAAAGGUUGUGAGAGCCAAAGUUCUCAUUUCCUACCUCUGCAGAGGCAGCCGCUAUAAAGCUGCUCACGCUGACAUGCACAGCCCACGUCGAGAGACCUCAAACAAUGAAUUCUUCCUGUUGAACUCGGCC